AUGCCCCACCAUCUGCUACUCCUAACAGUGCUUUGCAUCCUUGUCUUCUGCGUCUCAGGAAAUGGCGUUUACGCCUUUGGCGCAGGGAACAUACCUGGUUUCGCGUAUCUGGAGGGCAAAGCGUUCCGGCAUGGUGAUAUCGAGGAUACCUUGAGCGAAGUAGCGAAGCGAGCCGGCGGAUUUGCCCUCGGUGCCUUGAUCGGCAGAGGGGGGUCGAAGUUUGGAGGGCUGGAUAUUAAGCGGGUCUACUUCGGAAAUUGGCUGCGGGAUUACAGUCAGGCUGUCGAUGUGGCUGGUCUGUCGAAGCUGCAGUUCCAGACGAUCGUUAACCUUUGUAUGGUGUUGGGAUUUAUGUCCCUCGGGUACGCUACAGAAGAAUUCGAAGUCACUCCUGAACGUCUUGGUGUUUAUUUGCCGACAGAACACAUUGACAACCCGAAAGGCUAUCCAGACGAUGCUCAACGAUACCAUCCUAAGCUGAGGGGUCCUGUCGAUCCACGGGAACUUGAAAUUGAUCAUCACACAGGGAUGAAGAACUACAUUGCAAACGAGCAUGGUCAUUGGGACACCUCCAAAGCCCUCGUACGCCGCACGCUCCAACAGUGCAUCCAGAUUGGCCGGCAAUAUCGCUCAACUGGAAACAAAGCAGACGAAUACGAAGCAUAUCGACUGUUGGGCCAAGCUUUGCAUACGCUCGAAGAUUUCGCCGCACACUCCAAUUUUUGUGAGCUCGCGCUCGUGUCUUUGGGCUAUAGGGAUGUGUUCGUGCAUGUCGGCGACCAAGUAAGGAUACAGGCGCCCGAUGGACGAUGGGUUGCGCCUCUCGUCACCGGAACAUUUGGUUCGAGCGACUUCAUUCAUAGUUUACUUGGAGGCAAGUGUUAUCACGCUUCGAGUACAGCAUCGGUCGUCGACCUCAAUGCUGAGCUCGAUCGCGCUCGCUCAAAGUCGGCAUCCCAGAGCCGCUCCGGACCCGGAUCUUCCAGGUCCCCGGCGGAUCUGCUCCGCAGCCUGCUCUUCAAGUUGCCAGACACGGACGGCAGCGGCGGCGAGAUGGAGCGCGAGCUCGAGGGCGUGGAACGCAUUCGCGCGCAAGGGUAUGGCGCUCAGCCGGGCAGCCGUCGACCGGAAGACAUGAACCCGCAGGAGCUGCACGCGGUGCUGUGGCAGGUGCUGAGAUUUCGAGACAACGUGAUGAAGAAGAUCACGAUGGUUAUUGAGAAGAUACCGGGGUUGGAGUCCUUGGUGGAGAGAAUCAGCGAGUCAAUCUCUGUCUUCGUUUUCACUACGCUCGAACCAUUUUUGAGGCCUGUUAUGAAGGACGCCACAUCUGCACUCGCUGCCGCUUCGAGUGAGGUCAUCAACAAACACGAUCAAUACGAGGUGUUCAAUGAUCCUCGGGCGUCCGAUCCAACCCAUUCCUUCCUGAGCAAAGAUCAUUUCAACCUUAUUCUCAACGAGCCCGCGGGCCAUCUCGGCAAGAUAAUACUGAUAUAUGCGACGACCCGAGUCGUCAAGGCUUGGGAUGAUCCAUCCAUCAAUAUGCUUUAUGUCACUGAUGACAUCCUGCACUGCAUGUUUCAUCCUGAUUUCAACACUCGUAACUCCCCCAUCCAACAUGAGAUGAUGGAGUAUAUGCGUUCCUGGGUACAAGGCCUGGGUCACCAGCAACCAAAAGUCCUCCGCCGCCUAACAAAGCAGUCCGUUCGCAAUCACUUGAAUAUGAGGUUGGGCAGCGAAGGCGCAGCGUCUACCGGCCACGGCACGGUUGCGCAGACGGCAGGGAUGGAAGUGCAGAAUGACUUGUUGUCCAGUGUCCCAGGGCUCUCGCAAGCGAGCGCAUUGCUGGGUAAAAUUGGCUCCAAAGAGGAACGACACACAAGUCACCACAACCGACACGGCCAUCAUGGGCAUGCCCAUCACCACUCAGGCACGGAGCACCAACAUUACCACCCGGAGCCGCAGGCAGUUCCGUCAUAUUAUCACGAAAGCCACAACAUGACUAUGCCGUCAGCAGGGGGACCUGUGGCGCAAACGUCUAGCUACAGCGCGGCUUCUGCGGCUGGAUAUCCAAGCGCAUCGCAUGGAUAUGCGCCUCCUUCUGGGCCGCCACCUUUUCCGAACCCGAACGCAGGACCCCCGAGUGGGUACGCGCCGGCGUAUGGCUACGCUCAGCCUAUGGGGGGUUUCACUGAGCCCGAAGCAUAUCGCGACCAGCCGAGCGGAGGAUAUGGCGGACGUGCGCCACCUCCUGGGCCGCACCCAUCGGGCCCGGCCUUCCCUGGCGGCCCGCCCGGCCCACCCCCGUUCCCUGAAGGUCGAGGAUAUCCGCCGCCGGGUGGCUAUGGAUGGUGA